GCUAGUACCGGACUCCAUUGAUAUCUGCUAAAAGUAGACAAGACCAGCCAUCCCCACCAGCCCCCUAAUAAACAACCCAUCAAAGACAAGGCUAAACCAAGCCAAAAAUAAACCCAAGUGGGGGAGUUUCUCCGACAGACGAGGGUCCCCGGCCACCGACGGGAAAUCGUUCAUUUUAGCCCGCGAUGAUCCCACCACCAAGCUCGAUUGAUCUUCAGGAACGCGGCGUUGAUUGCCUUGCAGUGUGAUCCAGUCACGUGAGACGGACUUAGUGUUGUUAUCUCCGGAUGACAAAGCGGGGAUGGGAUGAUGGAAUGUCAUCGAAGGAGUGGAUGUUGCCUCCGGGUUGAGUUUAUUAUUAUAUCUACGACUGCAUAGCGUUCGCGUUCUUCAUUGUACAUUUGUACUAAUUUGCUUAUAUGACAUGAUCAUAACCACUUCAUCUCUGCAGAUACAAAUACAGCCAGAAAACCACGACUGAAGAGAAACAAUAUGGACCUCACAAUCCACCACAGCGGCACCCCGCACAGGCUACACCUGCCAGACCCAACAACAGCAACCCUCCAAGACCUAGCAUCACAAAUCGCAUCCACCCUGCACAUCCCCCCGGAGAAUCAAAAGCUCCUGAUUGCCCCCAAACCAGGCAUGCAAAAGCCCCCCUUCGCAGCAACCCCGCUCCACACACUCAUCCCCAUCCCGCUCGACUCCCCCCGCCUCAAAAUCACCCUCUUCGGCACGCCCACAGAAGCUAUCUCCGCCCUGCACGCCCAAGGCGAAUCGACCCGUCGACAGGCAGAAGCGCGCGCGCAAGCACUCGCUUCUCAACGCCAGCGCCAAAUCAAACCAACAUCAUCAACAGCACGAAGCGGCGGCAUCCACACCCUCUCCGGCGAUAGCAAAAACUACACCUUCCACACCCUCACCCCCCUCCCGUACCUGCCCAACCCCAACCGCUCCCUCCAGUUUUUGACCCGCCUCCGCGACGACCCGGGCAUCCGCGCCGCCAUGACAAAGCACCAGUUCUCCGUGCCGCUGCUCACGGAAAUGGACCCCGCGCUGCACACGACGAGCGACUCGCGCACGCUCGGCCUCAACCGCAACAAUGGGGAGGCGAUUGAGCUGCGUUUAAGGACGGACGCGUACGACGGGUAUCGCGAUUACAGGACGAUUCGCAAGACGCUGUGUCAUGAGCUGGCGCAUUGUGUGCAUAGUGAGCAUGAUCGGGCGUUUUGGGACUUGACGGCGCGCAUUGAGAGGGAGGUUGAGGGGGCGGAUUGGUUGAGUGGGGGGAGGAGGGUGGAUGAGGGGGAGUUCUAUAAUCCGGGGGAGUGGGAGGGGUUUCAGGGGGGUGGGGGCGUUGUUGAUGAGAGGGGGUGGAGUGGGGGGGAGUUUGCGCUUGGUGGUGGAAGUGGGAGGGGGAGGGUUGGUGGUGAGGUUGUGGAGGGGAGGAGGGAGAUGUUGGCUAGGGCUGCUGAGGAGAGGAUGAGGAGGGAGAAGAUGGAGGAUAAAGAGGGGGAGGGGAGGAUGGGAGGGCUUGAUUUAGUUGACUUGAUGUAG